UGAGUUAUCAUGUAUACUAGUUGAACUAUGGAGCGCGUGGAUAAACGCAAAAGGGACCUAAAAUCAAGGCUUUACAAACUAUUAAAAUGGCAAGAACAUGCGACAUUCAUUCACUAACAUGAUGUGUUAGUGUGCUUAUUUUUUAACUUUAUGAAAAUCUUCCGAAACAAUAUGUAUUUAUUGAAGUGAAAUAUAACAGAUGUGUUUGGUGGUGAGCGCGCGUCCUUGUUCACCAUGAAUGAACUUGGUGUAGGUGAAGCGCGUGAGUUGCAGUAAACAGUGGGGUGGGGCGAGUGUACUCUUGGCUCGUGCGUAACGGUACACGAUACGCCCUGAACACCUACAUGAAGCGAGCACGGCGCGCGCAGAGGACUGAUUGAACGGUAUGUUUCAGCCAUGGAGCUCUUUUCUUUCUGAAACCUGCAUGAUGGGAAUAAAUGUGGAAUGAUGCUUUUUGCUGUGCUUUUUUCGAGAGUACUUUUCAGGGACUCGUCACGAGAACCUCAUCCAGUUUCCGAUUGUAAGAAGGGAAAAGAGUUUCAUUUCCAGUUAGUGAGUGGAGAGAUGGAGUUCUGCAACUUUUAAGGAGCUCGCCGCGCGCGAGUGUAAGAGAGAGACAGAGCGCGCGCUCGCGACAGGAGACAGGUUAAGCUCGGCGAUGCCUUCUCUGCAUCAUGGCGCCGUGUUCAUUGGGGUCUUCCUCAUCGUCACCGGUGGCUCGACCGCCUUCCUGACGUCCAGCCAGAGCAGACUACAGGCGUUCAGCCUGUGCUGCGUGGUGCUAGGUGCAGUCAUGCUCAUCCUUGGCCUCUUUUGGGCCAUGAACGGAAAGAGCCGCCAGGGCUCCUACACUAAUGAAUACACGCACGACUACGGGCACGUGCUGUUCAGCCCACCACCCGGGAGCCACUUCCCGGAGUCCCAGUCCGUCAUCUUGCACAGAACGUUGGAAAGGCAGAGACGAGGGCUGUACGGAGACGAUUUUGACUACCCUCCCAUGGAGCCGACAUGUUUCAGCCCAGCUGCUCGAGGGCCACCACCCCACUGGGAGAUGGAACCUCCACCUCCGUACGAAGUGGCCAUCAAAACGACAUGCAGCUCCACGAACAUGCGACGCAGUUACUCGGAUACACUGUUGCCCACUGAACCGCUCUUCAGUCGCUCCCGCGAGAUCAGCUUUGAAGUGUAAAAGUGCAUUCACACAUACAGAGACUCGCAGCCACAAAGCGACCGGAGAUGUUCAUUUUCAACGAGAGCUGGUCACAUGAGCGACGGCGACCUUUGGCGACCGGGUGUGGGCGUGUCCAGCAACAUGGCAAAGUUGAGAAAAGUUUAACUUUAUGCAACUUUGGAGAGACUUGGUGUAGCGACUGCCAAUGGGAGGGAAGACAGUAGAGUGCACGUGAUCUGUAGCCACCCUUGCGCACCAGCAGAUGCAACGCCAUUGUGACAGUAGCCAAUUAGCUUAGCUUAAGAUCUUAGCGGGUUUAAAGCAAAAAAAUAAAAGAAAUAAUAAUGAAACACUCCCUUUUUGUUGCAAUCGAGCAAAAUCCCAGUGUAGCUCCUAUCUUGGGUGAAGUAUCCGGUUUGUCGCUGCUUCGGCGCCCGGGAACGAGCAGCACCAAGCCGGACACUUCACCCAGGAAACACAGAGGACACGGCUGAAGAGCUGCUGUCUGGCUCCCGGUCACCAUCGAACAUAUAGUGAAUGACACCCCGAUGGUGACGCUCACUUACUGAGAAAGGAGCUACACCGGGAUUUUGCUCAAUUGCAACAAAAAGGGAGUGUGUUUCAUUAUUAUUAUUUUGCUUUAAAUGCGCUAAGGCUAUAAGCUAAGCUAAGCUAAUUGGAGCUUGCACUUUUGCCGCAGAGAGAUGGCAGCAAUGGCAAAGAGCACACACUGCUUCUCCUUCAUGUCGGAUGCAUAUAUACCCUGGUGAAUUUUAUAUAAGAUCGCUCUCCCUCCACAAUGUUUAAUUUUAGCAGCAACAAAACUGGUUUAUUGUCAAAAUUGGAAUGUUAGUUGCGCCACCCACUGAUGCUACUACGGCAACCGGUAGUAGGAAUGCCUACCUGCGACUUCAUAGUACAGUGACUUGCAGCCAUAAAAUUGCUUUAUGUGUGAAUGCACCUUAAGGCUUGUGCUGUCAGCAAGCCAUUAGGUUGCACCCAUUUGCUGCAACCAACAACUAGUGCGGAUCAUGGCUUACCCAGGGAACCCACACUCCAAGUGUGCUUUAUAAACCAUUAGUAUUGAAGCUACUUAAUUUUCAUCUCUGAUCACAAUGAGUUCCAUUUUGAAUAUGGUCAAAAGGGAAAUUCUGUAACCUUAUAAAAUGGUAACGUCCCUAGGACUGUUUAGUGUCUGCUGUUCCCUGCUGUGAAGUGUGUUCUUUUGUAAUUAUAUUCAGAAGGUAUAGUUACCACUGAUGGAAAAACGCCUGAUCUCUCUCAGUAUUUUCACAACAGCCACUGUCCUUUCUCCAUGCAGCUACUGCAUUUUCUCUCCAUACAUGACACUGACAUGACACAAAUUACCAACUAUAUACUACAAAAGUGUUCUUCUACCCAGUCACGUAUUCCUCACAAGCAUGAAUCACAAUCACUUCUUGACUGGUUUGGCGUGCAGAUGAGAUUUGGUGACAGUACUGUCUGCUUGUGAAUAUCACAAAAAUCGCAGCUCCUGGACCCAUAAAUAUGUACAUAAAGUCACUUGCACAAUCCGAGCUCAUCGAUGCAAGCACCAGCGUAUGAGAAGAAAACAGAGAAAAGUUACGGAUAGAUAUGCAAAGCUACUAUUUUCUCCUGCGCAUGGUGUUUUGAGAGGGAAAAAUCGGUGUCAGCGUCUUCCACAGUAAGCCAGACACAGAUGCAGACGGAAACCGGAGUUCUAGGAAGUGACACCAGAUUAAAACUAUUUCUCGACCAAAAGCACAUCGACUGUGGCAAUAGUGAAAUUUAACUGCUGAAAUAUUUUAAUCAAUGUACUCCUGCUUGUUGCAUUGGACUGACUGCUAACAUGAGUGGCAAGACCCAUAACGAUGUCAUCAGGGCGCUUACAAAGAACUGACAGGAUGUGUCUUACAGGAAACACUUAAAUGCAACAGCAACCCAGAGCAUUAUUUGGUUCAUCACUGGUGACCUUUGUGUCCCGUAGAGGAAACUGACAGUCUAAGAAGCAUUGAUUUGUGAUGUAAUGCAAGUGUAGAGUGCCUCUCUGAUGUGAUCGCAGAUGACCACAUUGCAUUAGCAGGUUUAAUAUUACCUUGGACUCCUCUUGUUUGUAACAUUAUAAAUCAUGGCAUUUUCAUUGAUUGCUUUCUCUGCCUCAACCAAAGUGACAUUAAAAUUAUGUGCCUCCAUUAAAUACAGUUCAGGGCCUUUAACUAUAGGUACUUUGCACUAUAUGUUAUAGAAUAUGCACGAUGUACGUGGCUUACGUGCAUGUACCCAAAGAUUCUAUUACAUUUUUGGAACAAAAUGUAUAGUGUUUUCAUUUGUUUUUGAAAAUAAACAAAUAAAGUUAUUUAAAAAGGAA